AUGACGAAGUGCCUCAAUUUGAUAUUGUCAUCUAGGAUUGUCAUCUGUUCUCCUUUUGUUCAGCUUCUGCAGGACUUGAGAACUCGCAAAGUGCCUAAGGUUGGCUAUCCAACAUUGGGUGCAUUUGCAGAGUUUGUCUCUGAAUUUGAUGAGCCUAGUGGUUCAAGUUCAAAGAACAAAGAUACAAGUGUUCUUGACACUGGUAGGCCUUUUAGCCCUGCCAUGUUUGAAGGCAUUCUUAAAAAUUUUACUCCAGAUGUACCAACUAGCAUCUUGGGCAGGCUAAGACAAGAAGAUGCCCAGGAGUUCCUUAGCUUCAUUAUGGAUCAGAUGCAUGAUGAAUUACUUAAGCUUGAAGGACAGCCCUUGAGUAUUAAUGGCCUCAAAUCAUCUCUAGUAUCUUCUGCAGAAGAAGAUGAAUGGGAGACGGUUGGCCCUAAGAAUACAUCUGCAGAAAGACAAACUUUUUUUAGGGAAGGGUGGGUGACUAUCAAAGAGCAUUAUGUCAGGCCUCCAAGAUGGUGGAAAGAAUUUCAUCUUCAAGAUGGACGCAGACUUAUAGUCAUCAAUUUGUUGCAACUUCCUCCAGCAUUGUACUAA